AUGGAGAAGUCUACAGCCACAUCGAACAACCACUCCGAGCAGACUCAUCCUGCUUCGCAGAACGAUAUCGAACAGCAGAAUGAGACCGAGCAGCAACAGCCUCCUCAGUACGAGAACCGCGACUACAGCUCAUCUUCCAACGACCGACCCACGACCCCUGCCCCCGCGUAUCAAGGGCCGCAGGACAAGUAUGCUGUCCCCCAAGGUCAAUCACACCAGAGCUUCAACAGUUUGCCGAUCCAGAACCUGCAGAGCCAGAAGUCUGGUGGGAUGAUGCAUUCUAUUGCUGCGCUGGCCUGUUUCACCAGCUGCCUGGGCUGUAUCCCGUAUCUCAUCGGUUCCCUGAAGGAUGUCCAUCAUCAGUGCGGCAACUGCAAUAUGCCUCUUGCUGAUUACCAUCGAAGCGGUCAUACUGAAGUGCGCUGCUUCCAAAAAUAA